AUGUCAAUGACAUCAUUUCUUAGAAAGCUGCGUUCCCGCACCUGGGAAUCAGACAGUACGCGCCGACUAAGCAAAGAAGAUGAAAUGUUACCAGUGUACCACUCCGAAUCCGAUUUCGUCUAUCUCAGACUCCUAUUAUAUACGACCACGAGAGAAAUCAAACACAGCAGUAUUCCGAAAGACAGCUGGAGUUACGACGACCAACGAGUAUGGUUAUUCAAAACAUUAGUCGAAGUGUGCGGUCGACCCGAUUACAAUGCUUACGAUAUCGCCACGCGGUGGGAGAAUAUCUCUCAGGAUCUAUACGAACUCAAGAAAAGGGAUUGGCAGAAUUUAUUAGUAAGCUACAAAGAUGGUGGGACGAUUCACCGGAUUUUGCGCAAGAUGGAGAAGAAGGCGAGCGAAUAUGGUCCCGAUGCAGAUGAUAUGACUAUAUAUAUGACCCGAGCAGAAAUAUGGGCGGCAAAUAUACGAAAAAGAUGGCGUGGAAGGAGUUUUAGCGUAUGGUAA